AUGAAGUCCGAUGCGUUGCGAUAUUCGAUGUUUGCAAUAUGGCUUCUCGAUUUCACAGGUAAGUACACUGUUAACAAAGUUGGAAAACAUUAAAAUGUUUAAGUGCCUUUGUAUUGCAACAAUGGGAAAGUGCUCAGAUAUCUUACACAGUGUGGAGGGAACUGGUAUUUCCAAUAUCAUUUUUAUUCGAGGUAAAAUCUUAUAGUAAUGCGGAAUUUUUAUUCCCUUCGGAUCUAUUCCUAACCGGGGUUAAUGAUGAUGGUAAAGUGUGCCAGGCAGCUUCCAGAUUGUUCUACAAGUUGUCGGCUGGCAAAUGAAUACGCGAGUCAUUUCCCUUGCUAUAUAACCCAACAUUUCGGUCGGUUUUCAAACACGUAGCAACUAUGACAACAAAAACGUAGAUGUAGGCCACCUCAGGUUUUAUCGUCACACUGUGAAUGCAAAUUGCGCCGGCACUGAUGCAAAUCGGCGACAAUAAGUACUUGACUGAAAAUUGCUAUGUCAUUAACUCAUUAGCAACAGCAUGCACGCGCGCAAUUCCUUUGAAAUGUUAACAACAAUAUGUAAUUUAAGUGUAGGAUUUUCCUGGUUAUGGCUUCUCUUUAAGCCCGCUCUUGUUGUUGUUAUUAUAAGUUUAAGCAAAACGAAAGCCUUGGAUACGGAAACGCGCACGUUUUGAUGUAUUUCUGAAAGUCGAAACUGCAUAUUGGAUCUUGAAGAGUCGAUUUACCAAUUCUAGAAUUGCUAAUACAGAAAGAGACCGCGAGUUUCGGAAGUAUAACACCUAUAACUAGGAAGUACAACACUUUCAUGUGACACAGAUAUGGCCGGAACAGAGACGUCAAUUGAACGUGGGAGUUUUAAAAACUUUCGCUUUUUAUAUUUACCAAAAAAAUCCCUGCCUUAAAUUCUCAGAGGGGGACUUUUGUCCAUUUUUACUAAGCCGUUUCUCGAAAGCAAUAAGGGCGACCUUUUUUAAGUCUAAGAAGAAAAUAAUUUUAAAAAAUACUCAUUGCAAUAUCGUUAUUAUAACUGUUUGUCUAUGUUCUGCAGCCGUCUGCCAAAAAAAUUCACAUACAUCUCCCCCACUAAGAGGCUCAGAACUUCUAACUGGGAAUUCCAGCUGCUUAAUAAUACAAACAAUGACAUCUAGAUCGUUUUUACACCCACUGAAUGAUGAAGAGGCAGACAAAAAUAAUAAUACCCUUAAGAUAUUUCUAAUUAUGAGUAUUUUAAAAGUAAGGAAAAAGCAAAUACUCAUCAAAUAUAAGCCGUUCCUUUGGUUUUUUCGUUUUCAGUUGAUGCCUUUAAAAGGGUUCAAGAAAAAACCUUUUAAGAGACAAAAACGGAUUAUAGGGCCCUCGGUAACUGUAUAAAUGUUGAUCACAAAUGCUUUGGUAUUGGGCAAAUACCUCGGAUAAAACGAACAUUCAGAAAUUGCAACUUGUAAAGAAUUUUGCGGCUAGAAUCAUCUCAGGUAUCAGGAAGUACGAUCACAUUUCAGAAGGCUUAAGACAACUGCAAUGACACUUUACUAUUAUUAUUCUCUAGGGACUCUAUGAUGACAUUCAAGUGCAUUAAUGGGCUUGCACCUGAUUACCUUGCCUGUAAUUUACUUAAGCGAUCAGAUAUCCACACUCGAAACACCAGGUCUUGCAAUAACCUAAACAUCCCCAAAUAUACAACAACCAGUGGCCAGCGCCCUUUCACGUAUAGAGUAGAUAAGAUAUGGAAUACACUAGACUCUGAUCUUAAAGGGGAAGGCAAUCUCAGUAAAAUUCAAGAAAGACGUCAAACUAGCUUGCCUAGCGGCCUGAGGCAUAUAGCACUCGCUACUCUGUCAUUAUCUUGCUUUUAUUGUCAUAUUUAUCAUUUAGUUAGUCAAUCGCAUCAUAGUUCGUUAGUAUUAGCAUUAAUUUUUCAUCCAAUCAUAUUUUUAAUUAGUAAAAUCCAACUAGUGGUCUAUUAUCAAUGCUGCGUUCUGAUUGGUUGAGCUAGUACUAGGCUAUAUGUUAUAGCCCACUAGAAGCGAAAUGCGCGGGCUUUUUGGCGGCAAAAAAGGAUUAAAGUCUAGCUUUAACUAGCUAAAAUUUUUUUAUUCCCGUUAUUUUUGACCAACUAGUUGGAUUUUACUAAAACAUUUAUUCCUCUCGCCCUCAUGGCCUCUGAGUCAAUAGCCCAUGAGGCCGAGCCCAUUCGGGCUCGACGAAUAAUUGUUAAAUAGCCGUUGAAAAGCCCUCUUGGGAACCUCUAUUACAGAUAUGUGUGUAUUUAUGUAUGUACUGGUAAACAUGGAAAUCUACGUUGUUGCCAAUAGGCCACUUGCACUAUGAUGCAUUUUACUAUAACUACGACUAGAAUCCUUCAGGCUUUUCUUUCUUGUGCAAAUUAGUGCUUUUGUUAUUUGAAUCUCGCCGGGAUUAACAAAUUUAAAUACAAAAGGAAAAACAAAAAGGAUUCUGGUCGCGGUAGUAAAACGACACCAUCGUGCAAUCGAUUCGAUUUGAUCGAUUCGCGUCCACACUAACGUUUUGAUGCGUUUUCGACUAUCAACACCAAAACGUUCAAAAACGAUAAAAUUGCACGUUGUAACUUAAUUUUAACUCCAUGCCCAUGCUACCAACACACGCGCCUGCGAUAUUUUCGGUCAUUGUUUUCAUUUUGAUGCGUUGCCGAGCGUCCACACCAACACGAUAUGUACGCGUUUUCGUUUUGACCCACUCGAGCGUUUUCAAAUCGAACCGUUUUCGAUGAAAACGCUCAUCGUAUUAGUGUGGACGGAAGGCCUAAAAGCAUCGAAUGUAUGCGUUUUCAAACGAAAAAGCGUUGGCCUGGUUUUCACUAGCGCAUAAGCAUAAGCACAAGGACAAGGACAUACGCACGCGCAGAAUGGCAUACUUGCCUCAAUUCUCGAUACCAGGUCUCCUCAACCCAAUGAUAAACAAGAUGGCGGACUAGGUCCGCCAUAUUGCUUUUGAUAUGUUCGCAUGAGGUCUGGGUCAAAGUGACCUAUGAUUGGUCCACGGCCUUGUGCUUAUGCCUGUGCUUAUGUCGACCCAGUUUUCACUAGUNGACACCAUAGUGCAAAUGGGGCGUCUGGAAAAGCCGGAAACCGGAAUCCGGAAUAGGAACGGGAAUGGGAACAGGAAGCGGAAACGGCAACGGAACAGGGACAGUAAUGUGAAGGGGAACCGAUACAAGAACAGGGACAUCAUUUACCUUAUAUUAUUUUAAUUCUGAUUCAAUAUUGAUACAAAGAAAAAGAAAACUAGUCUGGUAUCAUGCUCCCCCCCUGACUCUCUUUAUAUUACAGCAACGAGAAGGUAAAAAAAGCAGCAAGUAAAAUAAGUAAAGCAACAGCUUUGCGAGUGCAUUGUGCUUUCUGUCAAUUUCUUCACCAUCCAUGCACAACUACGAUGUAAAUGAUCAAAUCUUAAGUUUUCUUGAGAACGUGAACGGCAGGCGAUAAAUUUUAUUGUGUCUUUCUGAGCUCGGACGCGGUCUCCAGCUUCAUUUCCCAACGUUUAAAAGACUGGACAAUUUGGAAUUAAUGAGAAAUAGUUUGAAUUAAGACCCGAAUUCAAUUUCUCAGUGAUGGAAGUAGAUGUUUUCUAUCCUUCGGAGCUCUUACUCAACAAAUUCGCACAGUGGAAGGUAAGAGGAAGAAUUCAGACAGAAGCGUUCCAUCAAGCGAAACAUUAAACUUCCGGUUGCUAUUCAUGAAGCCCGCGACGGUCAGCGUUCUCGUUGUUUAAGUUCGCUAUUAUGUUUGACACGAAAACACAAUGUGUCACUGGCUGAAGAUAAAGAAAGGUUAAUUAGAUUAACAUUUCAAGGGUGUUUUCUUGUUUCUUUUAUUAUUUCUCUGGCUUUUUAUUUAAAUCACGAUUAUACCUUUUUCUUUUCAUAUUUCUAUACACUGUUUAUAUUCCCCUUCCUAUUUCGGUUCCUAUUAUAUUUUUCCCUUAUUUUUCGUAUGUAAUCUAAAUAGGAAUUAAAUGCAGAUUAACUUAAAUUAAGGUAAAUGUUGUCCCUGUUUUUAUAUAGGUUUCUCUUCCCAUUCUGAUUUUUGUUCCGGUUCCGCUUCCUGUCCCUGUUCCUAUUCCCGUUCCUAUUCCGGAUUCCGGUUUCCCGCUUUUCCAGACGCCCGUGCAAAUGGCCUAUUACACUGAAAAAUCUCAAACUGGCCAUGCAAGAUGUUUUAAAGGGACGCACUCAGCUGAUGCACAUGCACAUUAGACACCAUUUUUAAGGUUACUGUAUUUGCACAUCACAAGAUACACGAUUCAUACUCUUUUUAACCAAAUGUGAUAACAUAAUAUUAAAGGAUAAGUAAACGAAUACUCAGGAAAAGGUUUCCAGUAAAAUAUCGAAGAUCAAAUGAAACACUAGGCAAGAUUGAAGGGGAUUUCUACAUGUAUUCGACGUGAAUUUGAUUUCGAGUUGAGGUAAACGCUUUUCAAACUUGUAAAACUAUUGUCCAGGUCAGCGCAGUCCCACAGCUGUCUGGGACCCUUAACGGCAACGCGCCUGCUCAUUGGAAGCAUGGUGCCUCUAGAACUGACAGGCUCAACACCGCUGACAAGGGCUGCGCUCGAUAGCCAAUGGAGGCUUAGUUUUGUUCUUGAGAAACAACGAAAACCUACGUUUUAGCCUGGGCACCCCGGAUUAACUUCACGUUUUCCUUAGUCAACUGUUGAACUUGGCCGUCAAUCAAAUUAAGGCUCUUACAAUAGGCUAUUUUCACGAUCCUGUCAUCUGACAACAACUACACGACAAGUGCACGAUAGCAUCAUCAUGCUACUGCUACUACUACUAUCAGAAUCCAUUCGUUGUCCAUUCAUAUUUAAUGUUGGUAAUCUCAUCGACGUUUCAACAACAAAAGCCCACAUUUGCACAAGAAAGCAAUACAGAAGUAAUAGUGAAUGAAGUUAUCGUGCAAAUGAGCUCCCUAGGUUUUAGCUUUUAGGCCCCCUACGGUUCGCCUUAGAGCACAAAAUGCAAUGAAAAUAAUGGCCUCCUCGGGCCCCGCUUUUUUUCUUUCUCACCGACUCUUCACGAACGGGGAGUUGACAAGUUCAUAUAUACAUCCCUUUUCCUCUCUCAGCACCAAGCAUCGGAGACGGAUUAAAAUGCUACACCUGCUUCUCAAAAAAAUCCUGGGAUGAAUGCGAGAAGGAAGAAGAAAAAAGCGUGUGCCCACCAGGUGACAAUGACGUCUGCAUCAAACUUCAUCUAGUGGAGCACGGUGAAGAGCCGGGGGAUUAUAAUGAAAAAUUUGCAAAGAUGUGUGGACGAGCACAACUGUGUACCAAUAAGGAAUGCAAAGAAAAUGGAAAGUCCUGCAAAGUUGACUGUUGUCAUAACGAUUUUUGCAACUCAAUGGCGAAACUAUCGACUCGGUUGCCAAUCAUGCUACUUCUUCAGUUGUUGAUUUUGAUUGUGACGCAUUUCAUACAGUUGCCAUGGUACUGCGGCUAA